AUGGCGGAACCGCUUCCUUCAGAGGUGUAUGAUGAAGAGCAUCAUGAUUCUGCAGAAACUCCAGGAGAAUCAAGUCAAGGAAAAAGGAAAAGACUCUUUUCUAAGGAAUUACGAUGUAUGAUGUACGGUUUUGGAGAUGACCAGAAUCCUUAUACAGAAACAGUGGAUUUACUGGAAGAUCUAGUAUCGGAGUUUCUUACAGAAAUGACACACAAGGCUAUGGAGGUUGGGCGAGUAGGACGAGUGCAGGUUGAAGACGUUGUCUUUCUCAUACGCAAAGAUCCAAGAAAAUAUGCCAGGGUUAGGGACUUACUAACAAUGAAUGAAGAACUAAAGAAGGCAAGAAAAGCCUUUGAUGAAGCAAUCUAUGACAUGAAAGUGGAAUAAGAACAAUGCACAUUGUAUGUGGAACUGAAAUUUAUAUACACAGGCGCCCUCUAGUGUCAAGAUGUGCUAAAACGUUUUAUGUUAUUAGCUCCCUGGUUCCACGGGCAGAAACAAACUUAAAAUUUAGGAGUACAUUUUUAAUUCAUUUUUUAAUUAAAAAACUAUUUAAAAUUUA